UCGAGCCGCCCUUCCUCCCCACCAGCUCGCGCCGCAGGGUCGGGCGGACGUUAACUCACAACAACCCCGAGUUCAUUUGUCAGUCUUAUUGAACAUUUUCCGAUAUAAAAUGGAGAGCCCGUAUCGCUGUGAUAACGACUCCCCUCUUCUGCUGCCGUCUCUCCGCCUCUUCAUCCCCCCGCUGCGCCUGGUGUCUGCAGCCAUGUGGCAGGUGGUGCAGAGGGGCAGCGUGCAGGACUAUGGAAUGGUGGAGGAGUUCAUCAGCACAGUUUCAGAAAUUGUCCCUGAUCUUUUGAACGCUGAUCAGAAAGCUCAACUCCUCCUGGGACUCCGAGCCCGGGUGGUUCUGGAGUUGUGUCGUGCAGAGCAGAUACAAGACACAGAAACCAUCGAGAUGCACCUGGAGCGGAUCAAGACCCUGGUUUCCACUUGGGCAGCGCAGCCAUGUUUUGCCGAGGUCGAGUUUCCAGAAUCCAACUUUGCGGAUCAAAUUGAACUGCUGUUGAAAGACCCCGAAGAGAAGGAGAAGUUUUUCCAGGAUGUUUUUCCUACGGACUUUGGGCCUGACUAUGACAGUGCUCUUCAGGUGCUAAUGCUGGACUUCCUCUCCAGGCUGGAGAAGCUUCUACCUGUACCUGACAUCCAACAGACUGCAUCCAUGCUCAGUGCGGUCCCGUCUGCUCUGGAGGAGUGUGUGCACUCGGUUCCCGACCCGCAGCACCUGAGGACCGUCCUCAUGUACCACACCACACUGGGACAUUACGAUUUAUGUGAUGAAACUCAGAGCAUUCCCUCUUCCUUUGGGAACUGCAUCCUCUCCUCGUUGUCCCUCCCUCAGCUGGAGAAGGUCGUGAUUGACGCCGACCAAAUCCACUUACAGCCUCAGUCAGAGCAGAUGCAGGGCUGCGUGACCGUGCAGGUGGAAGGGGAAACUGUGACUUUGUUGGACUACAUUCAGAUAGAACAGCCCUCAGGUCUGGUAGAGCCUGACGAGGAAGAGGAACGUGAAAUAAACGAAGAGAAACAGAUGAGGAUGUGA